AAUGGGCUGCUGGGAAAGAUCAAAUGUCGGUAUAACAUGAGGGGCUGAGGCCGACCAGGCAGUACGUGCAACUGGUCCUGUCCACAGUGAGCUCCAACCCUUCUCAGACUCAGCAGAAAUAAUCUACCCUCACCAUGUCUGACGAGGAAGUUGAACAGGUUGAGGAGGAGUACGAGGAGGAAGAAGAGGCCCAGGAGGAAGAAGUCCAUGAGGAAGCUCCUGAAGCUCAUGAGCCCCCCCCAGAGGAAGUCCAGGAAGAAGAGAAGCCAAGACCCAAACUCACUGCUCCUAAGAUCCCAGAAGGGGAGAAAGUAGAUUUUGAUGACAUCCAGAAGAAGCGCCAGAACAAGGACCUCAUGGAGCUGCAGGCUCUCAUUGAUAGCCACUUUGAAGCCCGCAAGAAGGAGGAGGAAGAGCUGGUAGCACUCAAGGAGAGAAUUGAAAAGCGCCGUGCUGAGAGGGCUGAGCAGCAGAGGAUCCGCGCUGAAAAGGAGCGUGAGCGCCAGAACAGACUGGCGGAGGAAAAGGCUCGGAGAGAGGAGGAGGAUGCCAAGAGGAGAGCCGAGGAUGACCUGAAGAAGAAGAAGGCCCUGUCCUCCAUGGGAGCCAACUACAGCAGCUAUCUGGCCAAGGCUGAUCAGAAGAGAGGCAAGAAGCAGACAGCCCGGGAGAUGAAGAAGAAGAUCCUUGCAGAGAGACGCAAGCCACUUAACAUUGACCACCUCAGUGACGACAAGCUGAGGGAUAAGGCCAAGGAGCUCUGGGACACCCUCUAUCAACUCGAGACUGACAAGUUCGAAUUUGGGGAGAAGCUGAAACGGCAGAAAUAUGACAUCAUGACUGUCCGGGCCAGGGUGGAGAUGCUGGCCAAGUUCAGCAAGAAGGCUGGCACUCCGGCCAAGGGCAAAGUCGGUGGGCGCUGGAAGUAAAGAAGCCCAGAGGCCCCCUGUGGCAGAGACCCCCUGCCUUGGCUCACUCUUGGCCCUGGGGCUUGUUACUAUAAGACGGCGUCUUCUAGUCCUGACACCCAUGCUACUUCUGGAGUUCCAGGAUGAUCCUGGGGGUGGAAUGGCCAUCUCAAAACACCCCCCAUGUCUCUGCCCUCAUUGUACUUGCCCCCUGGGGUCUGUGAAUAAAGCAACAGGCCUCCCUCCA